UGUGUUUCGAAUCAAACUACAUAUGAUGAAGAAUUAAAUGCGUUCAUGAUGAAGAAACAAACGGUAAAGGCAGAACAACAUAUGCAAGCAAAAAACUAGAUGCACCAACAACAAGCUGAUGAAUACGAUGGUGAAGAAGAUGUUGUUGAAAUAGGCGGCCGUAGUAGCAAGAUGCCCCCACCCAAAAAACCAAGGCAAAAAGGUCCUAUGGACAUUUACUUCACUCCUAAUCCUCGAGAAGCAAUCAAAGCUAGGAUGGAAGGGAGACAACAAACCAUCAAUGAAACGUGUCGAAAGAACCAUAGGGAUAAAGUUUGUCAUGAGAUUGGGAGGUGGUUUUACGAUGCAGGCAUUCCUUUUAAUGUCGUAACAUAUGAGAGUUUUCAAAUAAUGAUCGAAGCAAUCAGACAGUAUGGCCCCGGGAUGAAAGCACCAUGUAUGUACGAGUUAAGAGUUCCCAUACUUAACAAGGAAAUAGAGGAAGUUCAAAACCAAAUUGUGGAAAAUAAGAAAGAAUGGGCAGAAAAAGGUUGUUCAAUACUAUCGGAUGGAUGGCGUGAUUCCGUUGUUCAAAAAGAUAUCAACUUCAUGGUAAACUCCCCAAAGGGUUCGGUCAUCGUGAAGUCACUUGAUGUAUCUGAUGUUUCAAAGGAUGUUGAUUUGUUGUUUCAUGUUCUUGAUAAAAUGGUGGAGGAAGUUGGUGAAGAGAAUGUGGUGCGGGUGGUGACUGAUAAUGCAUCAUCUUAUGUAAAGGCCGGGAAGUUGUUGGAAGCUAAAAGACCACAUCUCUAUUGGACACCAUGUGUUGCACACUGCCUAGACUUGAUGUUGGAGGAUAUUAGCAAACACAUUCCUAGGGUUAAAAAUGCUUUAAAAAAUUCCAUUUACUCAAAUGGAUAUAUAUAUAUAGUCAUGUUGGUUUGGCGAACUUGAUGAGAAAGUUCACAAACUAAAGAAACUUGCAUGGACCGACCAUCACAAGAUUUGCUACUUCCUUUAUCACUCUUGCCCAGAUCCACAAACAAAAAAACAAUUUGAGGAAGAUGGUGACUUCUCAAGAGUGGGAAGCGAGCAAGUGGUCUAAAGAACCCACGGGUAAGAAAAUAAAGUCUUACUUUUUGCAAGAAACGUUUUGGAAGAAUGUACUUUAUUCUCUCAAGUUGACAGGCCCCUUAGUGAAAGUUCUUAGACUAGUUUGAUGGAGAAAAAAAUCCAGCCAUGGGGUACAUCUAUGAGGCAAUGGAUAGAGCUAGGGAGACGAUUCGUGAUAGUUCUCCAAAUUGAGAGGAUGAUUACAAGAAAGUUUUUGAAAUAGGUGGGAAUGUCAACUACAUAAACCUUUGCAUGAUGUGGGACAUUUCUUGAACCUGGGGAUCUUUUAUGAUGAAAUUGGUGGUGUGCUUUGUGAAGAAGUUAAAAACGGUUUUUAUGAAUGCAUGUAGAGGCUUGUUCGCGACCAAGAAACUCAAGACAAGAUUUCAGAUGAGUUAGUUAAAUACCGGAAGGCUGAAGGUCUCUUUGGUAUUAGCUUGGCUGUUAGGUAAAGGAAAACAAAAUCACCAGCUGAUUGGUGGACAAUGUAUGGAUCUUCGGCUCCUAACUUGAAAAAGUUUGCUAUACGGAUUUUUAGUCUCACUUGUAGUGCUACAAGUUGUGAGAGAAACUGGAGUGUUUUUCAACAAAAACAAAACAGAUUGGCACAAUCUAGAUUGAAUGACAUGGUGUGUGAAAUUCAAUAGUGCCUUGGAGCGUCGAGCUAAAAGUAAGGAGAUUGAUCCCAUUCUUUUGCAAGAUAUUGAUGAGAGCAAUGAGUGGUUCAUGGGAAGAAUGGAAGAUGAUGAAGAUGAUGAUGAGACGGUGUUUGUUGGUGAGGAUUUGACAUGGAGUGAUGUUGUUAACGCUUCCGGUGCAUAUGAGCCUAGUUAUCUAACUAGAGUAUCAAAAGUAGUGAAUGAUGGAGCCGGACCCUAGUAGACCAUCUCGUAGAUGCUUAGUUGAUGAAGAUGAGAUGGAAGAAGAUAUUGGAGUGUUUAGUGAUGAAGGAGAUAUUGUUCGAGUUGAUGUCGAUGACGAUUUAGAGGAUUUUUAAUUAUAAGGAAUUGAGGGUUUAGAAAAAUACCUUUGUUCAUCUCACUUUAGACUACUUUUGGUGUAGACCAUCUUUUGAGAUUAAUAUGCUCGUAUAGUCGUAUGGUUAAUGGUAUAUACGU